AUGAUAGUGGCUGCGAUUUUUUCAGGCUGGACGCGCACAGUCCAAGGCAUAAGAGAGACACAAGCUUAUAGCCCAACUUUGCUGAACCCGGUAGUGCGUCUCACACUUAUUGUUGACGUAGUAGUACCAAAUGCAGUAAGCAAUAUACGAGACAUUAGAAAACAUCAUAAAUUGACACUGCCAACCUGGAGCACUGGUCCCGAACUUGGAGCCGAAACACGAUGCCAUUUAAUAUCUGAACUUCAUGAACCAUGA